GCGUUGUCGCUUCUUCCUAGCGAUUCGGGAAAACGCUAAGACGUUUUUGGUUCAUAGGACGCAGCUCUGAUAAAGAAUCCUGAAAGGGAUGAUGCAAGUGGGUCUCGCAGAUUGGGGUCUAGGACGGGAAAGCGUCGCGCGGGACAGGGUGAUAGGGUUUGAAGGGACGAGGGGUGCUGAUCCGUGUGGCAGCGGCAUUCAGCUGUGCAGAAACUGCCCCUGUGCCAGCAGCCAUGUGGUCGGCUGAUGAAAUUGCUGAGCUGUGUUACACACAUUAUAGUACCAGACUUCCCAAGCAGGGGAAACCAGAUCCAAACAGGGAAUGGACUCUACUGGCAGCUGUUGUCAAAUUGGAGUCAGCGCCUCAAAAAGAGGUUCAUGCUAGUCCGGGGAACCUGCGGGUAACCAAGGAAGUCGUUGCUAUGGGAACUGGAACAAAAUGUAUCGGUCAAAACAAAAUGAGAAAAACAGGGGACGUUCUGAAUGACAGUCACGCUGAAAUUGUGGCCAAGAGGAGCUUCCAGAGGUAUCUUCUCCAUCAGAUGUGGCUGGCAGCUUCUUACCAGCAAUGCAGUAUUUUCAUUCCAGGAACUGAAACUGGAAAAUGGAAACUCAAACCAAAUAUCAUAUUUAUUUUCUUCUCCAGUCAUACCCCAUGUGGAGAUGCUUCUAUUAUUCCAAUGGGUGAAGCAGAGAACCAGCCUUCUAAGCCAGUGGUUGGAGAAGAUGCAGAUGGGCCAUCAGCAAAAUGUAGUAGAAACCAUGAUCGUUUGUUUCCAGAAGAUAAAAGGAAAUCAGAGGAAACGGCAAGUAAUCCUAUAAUCAAGAGAAUGAAAACUGUUAAUGAUGAUUGUUUUUCUGUGAUCACCGAAGACCUAGCUUCUCAGCAAGUGUCUCGGAAACAAGCAAGCUUAGAAGACGACACAAAUCCAAAGAGCUUUGAAUGUUCUGCAGAGAUGCAAAGACCUGAUAAGGAGGCUGGCCUAGGCAGAGCCAAGGUGAUCGAUGUGUAUAGAACUGGAGCAAAGUGCGUACCUGGAGAGUUAGGUGAUGCCCAAAGACCUGGGAUAGAGUUUCACUCUGUGGGAUUAUUACGAGUGAAGCCAGGUCGCGGGGACAGAACAAGCUCCAUGUCCUGCAGUGAUAAACUAGCUCGCUGGAACGUACUAGGGUGUCAAGGAGCUCUUCUGAUGCAUUUCUUGCAGUAUCCAGUGUAUCUAUCUGCAAUUGUAGUGGGGAAGUGUCCAUAUAGCCAAGAAGCGAUGCGAAGAGCAAUUAUUGAAAGGUGUCAGCAGAUCUCAUUUUUACCGGAUGGUUUUCUCACUCAGGAAGUUAAGCUGUUGCAGUCAAAUCUUCAGUUUGAACAUAGCCGUCAGGCAAUCCAAGAAGUUCAAACUAACAGCAAAACGAAACUUGUUCCCUGUGGUGCAGCUAUCAGUUGGAGUGCUGUCCCUGAGCGGCCUCUGGAUGUCACCUCAAACGGCUUCCGGCAGGGAACAACAAAGAAAGGGAUCGGCAGCCAUCAGAGCAGAUCCAAGAUCUGUAAAGUAGAGCUCUUCCAUACAUUCCAAAAGCUGGUGUCAAGUAUUUCGCAAGAGAAUCUGCCAGAUACUCUCAGGAUGAAGACUCUAGAAACCUAUUGCGACUACAAGGAAGCUGCAUUAAAUUAUCAAGAAGCCUGGGAAGUGCUGCGUAGCCAAGCCCUGCAGGGUUGGGUCAAGAAUGCUAAGGAAUACCUGCACUUCACGUGAAAAAUAAAUGAGACUGUGUAAAUCCAGCAAUAAGCUCUGGUGCACAGCAGAUACCUCUGCACUUCAAGAGCCAGGAAAAGACGUACUCUAGUUUCUAUGCCUUAAGGAGAUACGAGUGAAAAGGAAAGCAGUUUAAAGAAGCCCUUAUUUUGGUUUGAUUUGAAGCCCCCUUUUUUGUGAGAUAUGGAAAAGAAUCAUUGCAGACUUAAAAUUCUGAGCUGCAAAAAGCAAUGUGUCACCACCAGGAAGGAAGCAGUGGUGUUCCAGCCUCUCUUAUCUGAGAACAUGAUGUAUCACCUAUAGUCCACUGCAAUGAGAGUAAUGUCAGCUGAAAUUGCUGCGGAAGAAAGUCCGUAACUGUAGAACUCCAGUGCCGAACUCUUCAUAACAUUAUGGUUGAUUUUGUGUUGCUGGGACAACCCUAAUGUAUAGUCAGUAAUACUUUUGUAACUCUUGGCUCUCGCUUUGCUUGGUGCCUAGAAAAAUUUUGUUCCCUCUAGUCCCAUUGCCCCUAUAACUGGAAAUACUAGUUCUUUUCAAAGGUAGUUUUUCUGGGAGUCCUUCAUGUAAGUGUCUAUUUCUAAAAGUAGCCAAAGAGAAGCAAAAGAGUGUUGGGAAGACUACAUCAAACAGUAAAGCUUAUAGCAUGCACUGCGUCUCUCUCUUAUUUUCAGGACUUUGCCAGAUACCCCUUUAACUGCUGUGCUUCUGUGGAUGGGAAAGAAACCUCCUGAAUUAUUUGGUUCAAUCCUGUAAUAUUACAGGCAAAUGUUUACCUACUUUUCAGUGCUUCAGGAACUAGUUUUUCCCCAGUGAUAAAUGAUAAUGAAAAGCAGGGAUGUCUUAGCCAUUUACCUCACUGUUUCCUGGCAAGUGUUCAUUAAUAGCCUGGCAAAGGUGGAGAUGCUUUUGGAGGCCUGGAAAUAGUCCUUGGCAGUCUUUGCCUUUGUGCUUCAUUGCAGCAUCUGCAUGGCAAAACAGUCCAAAACUGCUAGAUGGGGAGAAGCAGCGCGUGAUGCUCCUUCCGCUUCCUGUCCCAGUUACUGCCUUCUGAGACCAAUUUCAGGACCAUGUAAUUGCUAGUGAGUACAUUCCCUCUCAUGAUAGUGAGUACAUUUUUGUGCUUGUGCUAUUGUAACCUAAUAUUCACAAAAUACCUGGGCGAAGCAAUGGGAGGACGAAAGAAGUGGAUGCCUCGGAAUUUAAGAAUUCCUUAGUGAUUUGAGCUUUCUGUUCUUUAGUGAUUUGAGCUUUCUGUUCUUUAGUGAUUUGAGCUUUCUGUUCUUUUUGGUAUUUCACUACUGUUUUGUUUUUGAAAAAUGGGCAUGGUCGUUCUCGUAACAACCUUUACAGUGCAUCUACUGAGCUGCAUAUGGGACUGGACAGGUGGUAGGAGAAGAGAUCAGAUUGCAGUCUGAGAAUUGGUUACCACAAAUCCUUUUGCUUCACACUUGGGUUGACUUUUCAAAUAAGAGGAGAUAAGGUUGCAGGAAUAACAAAGGACUUCAAUUCUCUGUGUGUAAGCCUGUCCACUCAAAUCCAGCACUGACAUCCAGAAAGACCAGUUCACUUGGGGAAGGAGCAGACAUUCCGUGUGCGCGUAUGUGGAGGGGAGGGGAAUAUGGAGAAUGAUGACUUGCCUGAGUUGUCAUAAGCUGGAAGUCAGGCCAGAUGCCAUUGCAGAUGGGUUACCAAGUAAACUGCAGAAAAGCAACUGACAGAAAUGUUUAGCAGUUACCGAAACUGAGGAAAUAGCACUCCAAGGGCAGAGUCUUGUGGCAGCAUAGCUAUAGAGCUAACCAGUAAGUUUCCAGGCUCCUGAAGUUACCUCUGUCCUUCCUUGAAAUCUUGCAGAAACCAUACGUGAACAUACUUAGUUUUCCUUUGUUAAUCAUCAACAAGGUCUGUAGGGAACCUGCAGACCAGACUGGAUUGUUCCCAUUUCCUAUCCAGCUGCAAUAUUAACACGGGUUACUACAUAAGACUAGUUGUUCUGUAGUCUUGGCAUUGGACUAGUUUUCAGAUGAGCAGUUAGAUUAUGUAAAUUUUCAAGACUUUCCUAACAUUUGAACCUGGCUGUUAAGAGACAUUGUUUCUGAUAAGAUUUUCCUGUGCAUUUGUAAAAUACUCAUCAACUGUAGACUGCUGCUUUCUGCUGCUUGUCAGAUUUAAAAGCAGCUUUAGAGAUGCUGAAUGCUAAUACUAAGCUCACACUUUGGGUAGAGUUGAGGACAUAUUUUAGCCUGGAAUCAGUCAAUGAAUACACAAAGAGAGGGAAGGAGUUAAAGCAGCAUUUGAAAGACUCAUUUGCUAAGCUUGCAGGAUCUUAUUUGUUAGCAUUUCUGAGAUUGAAAGUAGCAGUGUUUAAUGCUGCAUCUGAUUAAUUCCAAAAUAUCAGGAAAUGCUGUAGCCAGUACUGAGAAACAGCUCUGAAAAUCAGAACAGAAAGAUGCAGAGGUAACCUCUGCUUUUGGAAGAGGUAGCAAACUAAACUUCUGUCAUUGUCUGUAGAUCUUUGUAAGAAUGGCUCCUGGAAGGCAGCACUCGAUGUGUUCCAAGCUUGUAUGACUUUGCUCUUCCAUCCUGGAAUAGCUCACAUGCUGAAAAACAGAGAUGGAUAAGGUGUGGGGAGGACAUCAGAAUGCAGAGACCAUGCCACAAGAGAGCUGGUUGGGGAGUGAAGCGUCCGCAGUUUAUGGUUCAUGGGGACAACCGAACAGUUGUCACUGGGAACAGCAAAGCAGAUGAGGACACAAGGAUUCCCCAGGCAUGUGUAAAUUGCUCUGUAGAGCAUACCUGUAUUACCCAGCUAGGUCUUUGACUUUCCCAAACUAGUAUGGGCACCAAUGGUCCCUGUUUGCCAGAACAAAGAAAACUGUAAUCCUUAAUUUGAAUUGCCUUUAGCAGCUUCGCUGCUAGAGAAACCAUUCCAUUCUCAAUCAUAGGAAGAAGGCAGGGCAGACAGCCUCCUUGUCUUUAAGGAAGUCACAACCAGAGCAUAGAAACAGGUCCAGUUUUGUCCAGGUCCAGAAGUAAACAAUCAACAGUUUGAGUUUGAGGCUGCAGUUUCAGGAGACAACAUGCUCUCACCCCCACCACCUCUGAAAGAGCAAGGUUCUGAUCUUGGCAUCAUGCUUCCACUGCUCACUUCAUGCUGGCCUGAGUGCUUAUUGAUCUCAAGAGAUUCAAAGUAAUUUGAAGACAAUUCAAAUUACUGCUCCUUGCAGAAAAAUCAAACUAUUACCCCAAAACAAGAUUGCUGAUUUAACUCUUAGAGAAAAGCUCUUCGCCCAGUAAGCGCUAGAGCAAAGGAAGAACCAGGCCCGCGUUGCUGAGAGCAGAAAGGGGAGGAGUUAGGCAUCCUUUUGGUGGGGACAAACUAUCAGGGAGUUAUGAAAACACACCUGGAGACAAUGUUUGAGGUAUAAGCAUGAAAAUGAAGAGUGAGGUACUCCUGAGAAGCUGCUGUUGGCAAGGAGGAAAGAAAGGCGUUACAGUAACACUGGGAACCAAAUGCAGUCGAAAAUGCUUAACGGUUUUUCCCCUCAAAGCAUAACCAUCCUGAAUAUCUGAAACUGUCAUUAUGUGGGGCUUGUGGCAGCACUGAUAUACAGCCAGAAGCGACACAGUUUUUGAGGAAAGACCGUGUCUACAUUCAGGUAGUAUUGGCUUAUUUAUGCAGGAGAUGAUAUUUGGGUUACCUUCAAAGUAGGGGAUGUAGAAGCAUUACUGUAGGAAUGGUUUUGUAUUUACUCCAUAUCUUUGUUCAGUGUAUAAAAUGAAAUGCCUUCCUGCUCUUGAAGAGUUAACAGAAAGUAAAGAUGUGAUCGUAUGGGCACCAGAUGAACUAGACAAGUUGCUUUUAAUCAUUUUGCAAGACUGACUGUGCAGAAGGGGGCAGUUCAGAAGAAAAUCUCUUGCUCUGUUUUGUUUGUAUCUGCAGAUGCAAAAUAAAGUUAUUGCUGUAGAAUCUUUA